UUUUUUCUUUCUUCUUCAGAAAAACUGAUUCAAUUUGUUAAUUUUUCACUAACAAAACCAUGCAUUCAAAUCAUUUACUUCUUGAAGAACCCAUCAGAAUGGCUUCCAUUUUGGAGCCAUCCAAAGCUGGUUUUUUUCCUGCAAUGACGAAGAUUGUUGGAACAUUGGGUGCAAAAUCUCGAUCCGUUGAGGUUCUUUCAGCAUGUCUUAAAGCUGGAAUGUCAGUGGCAAGAUUUGAUUUUUCAUUGGGUGAUACUAAGUAUCAUCAGGAGACAUUGGAGAAUUUGAAGAGUGCUAUUAAGAGCACUAAGAAGCUAUGUUCUGUCAUGCUAGAUACUGCAGGUCCGGAGCUAACAGUUCUUAACAAGAGUGAGAAACCUAUUUCACUUGAGGCAGAUGCAACUAUUACUCUUACACCUGAUGAAGGCCAGGAAGCAUCUUCUGAAGUGUUUCCAAUCAAUUUUGGUGGAUUAUCCAAGGCAGUGAAGAAGGGAGACACCAUUUUUAUUGGCCAAUACCUCUUCACAGGAAGUGAAACGACGUCUGUGUGGCUGGAGGUAGAUCAAGUGAAAGGGGAUGAUGUAGUUUGCAUUGUAAAGAACUCUGCCACGUUAACUGGGUCAUUGUUCACUCUGCAUGCUGCUCAGAUUCAUAUUGAUUUACCUACUCUCUCAGAUAAAGAUAAGAAGGUUAUUAGCACAUGGGGAGUCCAAAACAAAAUUGAUUUUCUUUCAUUAUCAUUUACCAGGCAUGCUAAGGAUGUUCGUGAGGCACGUGAAUUCUUAUGUAAGCUGGGUGAUCUAAGCCAAACUCUGAUCUUUGCCAAAAUUGAAAACGAAGAGGGCUUGACACAUUUUGAUGAUAUACUUCAAGAGGCUGAUGGGAUCAUCCUUUCUCGUGGAAACCUUGGUAUAGAUCUCCCACCUGAGAAGGUGUUCUUGUUCCAGAAGGCAGCUGUUUACAAGUGUAACAUGGCUGGCAAGCCUGCUGUAGUAACACGUGUUGUUGAUAGUAUGACUGACAAUCUUAGGCCAACUCGUGCCGAAGCAACAGAUGUUGCUAAUGCUGUCUUGGAUGGUACUGAUGCAAUUCUUCUUGGUGCUGAAACUCUACGUGGAUUAUACCCAAUUGAGACUAUUUCAACUGUUGGAAGAAUUUGUGCUGAGGCAGAGAAGGUCUUUAACCAAGAUCUAUACUUCAAGAGAACAGUCAAAUUUGUUGGGGAGCCUAUGUCACACCUGGAAUCAAUUGCGUCCUCUGCGGUCCGGGCAGCAAUUAAGGUGAAAGCAUCAGUAAUUAUUUGUUUCACUUCAUCUGGAAGGGCAGCACGAUUGAUAGCCAAAUAUAGGCCAACAAUGCCAGUAUUGUCUGUUGUAAUUCCUCGACUGAAGACGAAUCAAUUGAAGUGGAGCUUUACCGGCGCAUUUGAGGCAAGGCAGUCUCUUAUUGUGAGGGGUCUUUUCCCAAUGCUUGCUGAUCCUCGACAUCCUGCUGAGUCUACGAAUGCAUCAAACGAGUCUGUGCUGAAAGUUGCCCUCGAUCACGGGAAGGCCUCAGGAGUUGUGAAGUCCCAUGACCGAGUUGUCAUCUGCCAGAAAGUUGGAGACGCAUCGGUGGUUAAGAUUAUUGAACUUGAAGGAUAAGUUAUCCUCAUUUUUUUUGGAUGUGAUGGUAGAGUGUUAAAGUCAUCACAAGUUGAGGUUCUAAUCUAAGGCUUUGGUAGCUACAAUAUGUGAUAUCCUAUAGUUAGUAUAUUGUGGACAUUUCUUGUGGUCAGAACUUGCAAU